AGUCUACUACACGACCUGAUGGACAACGGCCUUGACCUGGUCCUUCGGAUAGUUUAGGAGGUGCGUGCACUACGUGCGCACGUCCACCUCACAUGCAUGACAUGCUCAGCCACGGCCAUUGUACACGAUCUCUCCCUCACCCCCUUGUACCUCUCCGCAUGUAUAAAUAACCCUGCGAGAAAUGAAUACAAGUGUGCAUAGAGUUUUGUAAAACAACUUGGUACCUGAGCAGUUCCGAUCCUAUCCCACGCUUCCGCCAUGAAUCGGCUGCUCCGCCGAUCCCGCUCAGCUGACCUCGACACGGCAGCGAACCUCCCUCCCCUGGCUCCUCUUGCUGCCAUCCCACCCACCCAUGCAGCUCCGGGCGCGGUGGCUCUUCAUCCUCAGGCUCCUACGCCUGCACCGGUGCGCCUCGGCCAAGCCGCACCCGCUGCACCUGCGGCUGUUGAUGCCGCCCCUCUGGUGGCUCCACUCCAUCGCGGCAUCGGCCGCGAGCUCAUCCCCUGCCUCAACAUCCUGGGUGCGCCGGCACCAGGCGAGGGUAUCCCGCCCUCCAUCACCCACUUCCUGAGGUUCAAGCUCGACCUCGCUGCCGGUAACUACUUAAGAUGGCGCCACCUGUUCUACUUUAUCCUCUGGAAGUAUAACGUGCAGCAUCACGUCGAUGAGAACCGGGAGCCACUGCAUGAGGACACUAACUGGCGCAACGAUGAUAUAACCAUCGUGUUGUGGAUUUAUUCCACAAACUCUGAUGAGUUGUACGACAUCGUGAUGUCGCCGGCCAGCACGGCGUACCAGGUGUGGCACACCAUGCGCCUGUUCUUCCUCGACAAUCAGGCCGGCCGUGCGAUUCACCUCUCGGCGGAAUUCUGCAGCACGGUCCAGGGGGACCUGACUGUUGCCGAGUACGCCCGCCGUCUGCAGUCUCUGACGGCCGCGCUCAACGAUGUUGAGGAGCCCAUCACCGACAGGACCCUGACACUCUAGUUCAUCCAUGGUCUCAGCCGGCGGUUCCAUGUGCUCGCGGCGGUACUCCCCCUGCAGGUGCCGUUCCCCACGUUUUCCCAGGCCCGAUCGCGUCUCCUCCUCGAGGAGAUCACAUAGAACGAGUGUGCUCGGGCUGACGGGCGCUCGGACGGCUCCACCGCGCUCUCCAUCGGCCACACCUCUGGCGGCUCCGGCGACCGCGGCGGUACUCGCGGCGAUCGCGCCGCCUCCGGCAACCAGGCGGAUAAGGGGAAGGCCGCUGCCGAGCCUUCCUCCGGCGGCGACCGUGGACGUGGGCGCUGGCGUGGGCGCGGUCGUGGCCACCCAGGCGCUGGCAGCAGCUCCACCGCUCCAGCUGGGCGGCUCUCCACAGCAGCCGCUGGGCGCCCAUCCGUGGAUGGGGUAUUUCGCCCCGUACGGGAGCCCCUUCCCACCUCUGCACCAGCCGCGCGCCCCCUGGACGGCGCCCAACUCUGCCGGCAUCCUCGGCCCCCGACCCGGACAGCACCACCAGGUCUACAACGCUGGUGCAUCUAGCUCCUCCAACCCCGCCCCGUGGGACAACUACGCCGCCCUCAACAACAUCGCGGUGCAGCAGCAGCAGCACGGGGGCCGCGAGUGGUUCCUCGACACUGGAGCCACCUCACACGUACCCGGACCUCAAAACCCGGCGCAUCCUAAUGACGUCCAGUAGCCAUGGAGAUUUGUACCCUUUCUUCAGUUCCAGCGCAGUGCAGCAGGUCCUCUCUGUUGGGGAACGUAGUAAUUUUAAAAAAAAAUCCUACGCACACGCAAGAUCAUGGUGAUGCAUAGCAACGAGAGGGGAGAGUGUUGUCCACGUGUUAU